AUGGGUGGAUGUAUCAGUUACUUUACUUCCAGACGCAAGAAGCUCCCGGAUCCAGAGGCAGGCCGGGUUGAGGCUGAGCUACCAAAACUUGGACAGACUCCAGAGCCAGAAACAUUGCGCCCAGAGUCGGAGGAGCCCAAGACUAUCUACAUAGCUGUAAUGGGCGCCACAGGCAGUGGCAAGACAACGUUCAUCAACAUCGCAUCUGGCUCGAAUUUGCGAGUUGGUAUGGGGCUUGAGAGCUGUACAAACGAAGUACAGAUGUCCCAAUCAUUCAUGCUGGACGGAAAGAGUGUCGUUCUCAUCGAUACGCCUGGCUUUGAUGAUACGACGAAGAGCGACACAGACGUGCUGAAGAUGAUUGCUGCUUACAUGCAGACUAUGUACAAGCAGGGAAAUCUCCUGUCUGGUGUCAUCUACAUGCACCGAAUCUCCGAUAUCAGAGUCGGAGGUACAUCAAGACGUGAUUUCACCAUGUUUCAAGAGUUGUGUGGUAAAGACGCAUACAAGAACGUUCUCAUGGUCACGAACAUGUGGGGCGACGUAGUAAACGAGGACACCCUGGCGCGGGAAAAAGAACUGCGGGAAAAGGACAUAUUCUUCAAACCAAUCCUCGACAACGGCGCUCUUCUCCUACGCCACAUGAAUGAUCAAGAAAGUGCACACAAGCUCAUUCAUAAUCUGACUGGCAUAGACCCCGUAGUCUUACGCAUCCAAAGCGAACUCGCAGCAGGGAAUGACAUCACGCAGACAGGCGCUUAUGCACAGCUUAACCGCGAACUUAUGGAGCAGGCGGAGAAGAACCGUCAAGAGCUGGAGAAGUUGAGAGUGGAAUUGGAAGAAGCCGCUCAGGCGCAAGAUGAGGAGACGCGAAUGGAGCUCCAAGAGGAGGCGGAGAAGAUGGAGGCGGAGCUUUUACGCGUGCAAAACGAGGCUACGACGUUGGCAUCCGAAUAUCAAGCAGAACUUCGGAAAAUAGAAGAGCAACUCCACGCGCGUGCUGUAUGA